CAUGUAGGAGUAAAGGGCCCGCGGCAUCCAGAGCUGUGCAGAAUAGAGAGAGAGACUGACUCGGGUUUCAGAGACACGCACUGACGAAUGACCUGCAGCACAUAGUGGGACUGCUCCGGGGAGAAGCAGUGAAUGGGACAAACGCAGCACAACGCAGUGGAGUAAAAGUCUGUCCCGUGACUCUGGAACAUCACUGACUAAUAUCAAUCUACAGAAUGUCUUCUGUUCUAACUUAGAUGUAUUUGCUCAUCUGAGUGCACCACGAUAGUCUGGAGACAGUUUGAAGAAGAAAACGGACAUCAGCAAAACUUUCCCUCAACAGAGAGAGACAGAGACCCUUGUAAGGUAGCAGCCUCAUCGUUAGGACGAUUUCUUUUCUGCAGAACCUCGCCAGAUGAAUAGCCUAUAGAAGGUUCCGUGUGCGUAAAACCAAAGUUAGAUGUUUAAUAUGGAAGAGGAUCAGAAGUGGGGAGUCGCUGGUAAAGCGACCGAGGACAGGAGGACACGCUGCGAGCAGCGGCAGCAACCUUCAAAGCAGCAUCUGUGGAGAACCUUGCGAGAUUUGUCCGGCAUAACGAUUUGCAUUGCAGUAUUUGUUCUGUGCCUUGGAGUUUGCCUUGUAAUUUUUAUACGGACGUCAGAGUUGCAGUCCAGGAUAUUAAGUCUGGAGCAGCAGCAGCGGGACGCGCAGCUCUCAGCCUGGAUGUUGUCUCUGGAGCAGGUGGAGCCCGUUAUCCUGGGCCGACUGGACCAGAUCCUGGAGGAGAAGCUUGCAGUGCGACUGCCAAAGACGAGGGAGGUGAGGGAAGCUCCUCACAACUGUCUGUGCCCCCCAGGACCUCCAGGUCCUCCUGGACGAGCAGGCUUUCUGGGUGACAAAGGAAGUAUGGGGAUUCCUGGCAGAAGGGGCUUAAAAGGACAAGCAGGGGACAAGGGAGCACCAGGGGAGCCAGGUCUGUCCAUCAUUGGACCAAGAGGACCUCCUGGACAACCUGGAACAAGAGGAUUUCCAGGCUUCCCAGGUCCAAUUGGGUUGGAUGGCAAGCCUGGACAGAAUGGACAGAAGGGGGAAAUGGGGCAGCGUGGUCCUACAGGACUGCCAGGGGACCCUGGACCCAAAGGGGAGAAGGGUGUAUGUGGAGACUACACACACCGGGGCCUCUUUGUGCAGGACCUUCCAUUGAAAACCCUGGCUGCCUUGCGAUCCAGUCAGGCUCUUAUGUUGAAGCAGGGCGAGCCUGGAGCUCAGGGACCCCCAGGACCUCCAGGGCCCCCUGGAUCCCCAGGGACGCCAGGCCUGAACGGAGCCAGUGGCCCACCAGGUAAGCCUGGUGAGCCGGGCAAGCCAGGAAAAGACCCAAGGCUUUUACCAGGACUGAAGGGUGAGCCAGGUGUGCCAGGACAAAAGGGUGAUCAAGGUGAUGUCGGCUUUCCAGGCCCCGAAGGCCCAAAGGGAGUUAAGGGAGAUCCCGGUAUUAAGGGUGAGAAGGGAGCACCAAGCAUUAAAGGAGAACCAGGUUCACCUGGAUUGCCAGGCCUAAUGGGACCCAAGGGUGACAGAGGUGACCCAGGAGACAAGGGGGAUGCAGGCCCUGAAGGCCCAGCUGGACCAAGAGGUGCUCCAGGCCCAAAUGGAGAACCAGGAAAGACUGAUAUCCACAACAAUGAAAAUGACAUUCGCAACAUACCCCUGAUGGGUCCCCCUGGUUUACCUGGACCUCCAGGGGCCCCUGGUGCCAAGGGUGAAGUUGGUCUACCAGGUCCUCCAGGACUGGAUGGUGAGAAGGGACUCAGAGGGAAGCCUGGAGAGCCUGGUCCCGCAGGUCCGGUCGGUCCUGAAGGUCCUAGAGGGGAGGGUGGUGUCAUGGGCUUCCCAGGACCCAAGGGAGACAAGGGAGACAUGGGUCCAUCUGGAUCACCUGGUUUAGAUGGCCCUACUGGUGAAAAGGGGGCUACAGGGGUCCCUGGCCCUAUUGGAUUACCUGGUGCAAUGGGUCCUAAAGGUGAGCCUGGAGAAUUGGGAAGGUCAGACAGGAUCUACGGUCCUCCAGGGCCCCCAGGACCUCCAGGACCAGUUGGCCCAGCAGGAUCUCAGGGACCAUCAGGGCCUAAAGGAGAGCCAGGCAUAGGUCUCAGAGGAGAAAGGGGAGCAACUGGUCAGAAGGGUGACAAGGGAGACAGAGGCCACCUGGGACUCCCUGGGGCUCAUGGGUUAGACGGCAGACCGGGUCCAGUGGGUCUAAUAGGACCAGCAGGAUUGCCGGGGCCAGCAGGACCAAAAGGAGAGCGAGGUGAAAAGGGAGACGCAGGAUUACCAGGACCAACUGGGCCUCAGGGCAUCCCUGGCUUGGUAGGACCACAAGGACUCAAAGGGAACCGGGGAGAGAGGGGCAAGAAAGGCAACAGGGGGGCCAAAGGGGAUAAGGGAGACCAAGGAGCACCUGGAUUAGAUGCCCCCUGUCCGUUGGGGGACGAUGGCUUACCUGUACCAGGAUGUUGGAAUAAAUGACGAUAACUUUGGAACGUCUUGACUGAUUGUACAUAGGAUAUUUAUUUUUUUACUUUUUCCUAAUCUGUUAUAUGUUGACAAAAAAAAAUAAAAUUCUAAAAAAGA